CAGGUGAGGAUCAGCCAUGUUUUGAGCACACACACAUCAUGCAGACAGACCAGACAGUUAAAGGUUAAAGUGACAGAGAAUACUCUGUAAGGAAGGUUUCUCAGUUAAGAAAAAUCAUGGAUCCUCAUUCUAGUGCCCAGGAUAUACCCCGAUGUGACUUAUGUGAGACCGCCAUAGUACAGAACUACUGUGACUUUUGUCAUGUCAAACUGUGUAAGCCAUGCAUAGGAGAACACAUCUCUGAUGAAUAUUACAAACAUAAAAUUGUCCCUUUCCAGGAACGAAGGUCAACCCUCAUUUACCCAAAAUGCGAAACGCAUUCACAUAAAAAUUGCAAAUUUCAGUGCGCAGAUUGCAAUAACGUUUUCGUUUGUUCUUCCUGCAUAGCAUCUGAACAACAUGAGAGGCACAAAUUUGUAGAAGUUACAGAAGUUUACAAAUCAAAGAAAAAAAUCAUUAAAAAGGAUAGGGAAGAGUUAGAAAAUUAUAUUUCCCCAUCAUACGAAGAAACUGCACUCCAAUUGGAAAAUCAACUUGCCAACCUAGAAGGAGGAUAUGAGAAACUUACAUUGACAAUUACCAAAGAAGGAGAGCAAUGGCACAGAGAAAUAGACCUCAUCAUCAACAAAAUGAAAACUGAAGUCAAUGAGAUAAAAGUGAAAUACAGAGAUAUUUUAACGAAACACUUAGAUGAAAUCAAACAGAUACAGUCUCUCAUAAAGCAAACGCUUCUGGCCAUAGAAGAAAUAGAGAAAUCUACUGAAGUAUCGUCUACCACUGAAUACAGUUCUAAGAUUAAAGAGUUAAGCAAGAUUCCACCCAAGGUUGAAGUAUCACUGCCAACAUUCAUUUCAAAACCAAUAGACCGCGAAAACCUAUAUAAGUUGUUUGGACAAAUCACACCGUUAGCUACUGCUUCUGGAGAAAAUGAUCUGUCACUAAAGCAACCAAAUACUUCAGUCAGAGAACUACUGGAUGAGCCGAAGCUUGUCACCACAAUACAGACUGGGUAUAAAGAUUUACGUAGUGUUACCUGUCUGAAUGAUGGCAGGAUAUGGACAAAUGGAAUGACCAAUGAUAUCAAAUGCUUCAUUGUAGGUUCAGUCUUCCGGACAAUCAAAACAAAAUCAGGUGAGCGUCCCAGUGAUAUAGCUGUAGACAGUGAUGGAGAUCUACUGUACUCUGACAGGACAACAGGAACAGUGAAUAAAGUAAAGGAUGGACAGACAGAAGAGUUGAUUAGAUUACAGGGAUGGAGACCUAUUCAGCUGUGUGUCACCUCUACUGGUGAUCUCCUGGUUACAAAGUUCAGUGACGAUGAAACUCAAUCCAAAAUUGUCCGUUACUCAGGAUCUACUGAGAAACAAACAAUUCAAUUUGAUGAUAAAGGUAAACCUCUAUACUCAGGGAAUAGUUAUAUAAAAUACAUCACUGAGAACAGAAACCAUGACAUCUGUGUCGCCGACAGUGUUGCUCUUGCAGUAGUUGUGGUUAGUCAGCACGGGGAACUCAGAUGGAGGUACACUGGUUAUCCCUCAGUAACAAAGAACAAAUCAUAUAAACCCUAUGGUAUCACAACAGACAAUCAGAGUCGUAUCCUGACAGCAGAUAAUUACAACCACUGUAUCCACAUUCUGGAUCUGGAUGGACAGUUUCUCCGAUACAUUGAUAACUGUGAUCUGAAUAACCCUUUUGGUUUAUGUGUGGACAAUGACGACAAUCUGUUUGUGUGCGAAUAUUACAACGGCGAUGUAAAGAAAAUCAAGUAUUUGAAGUAGACAUCAACAUUCAUGAGAAAUAGUGUAAAUAGAAUAAAGGAAAACCAAAACAAUAUAUAGGAUUUAUGAGGGACCUGCCUGCAGCUUCCCCCCGUGGAGUGGCAUUCGAUUUACAAGACAAUAUUUUUGACUCUGUGAAAAUUAACAAACUGAGGCAGAUAAUCUAACGGGAAGUUUAGAACUGUUAAAUCGACUUACCGGGAAUCGAAAAGUCAUGCAGUAUUGUUCUUUACCCUGCAGGGGAGAAAGUUCUGAUUCUGGAUUAAAGGGAAAAAAAUUGUGUUUACAAAGUUGAAUAAAAUCACAAUCAAGAGUGACUAAGAUUGUUCUGUGCUGGUGUAAAAUAUUUGAAAAGGAGAAAGUGCGUUUUAAUGGACAAA